CCCCCUCUCGCCCCCACUCCACCAAUCCCCGCCAUACCAACAACAGAACGGGGGAGUGAGUGAGACAAGCAGCCGUUGAUAAAUAAGUAUACACCGUCGCCGCUGUCUCUCCCUCCCCCUCUUCUCACCUCUAUUCCCUCCUCCACGGAUUGAUCGUCUCCCAUCCCGCAUCAUCGUUUCGCCUUCCUCGGCUGCUGGCUCGAUCGCCUCCCCCCAGCCAAGAGACCUUUCCUACUUCUUUUCUCACCCGUCGCACAUCCCACACCCCCCCCGAGCCUCCUCCAAUCGAGCCUGGCACCUCCUAGGUCACGCCGAGCUAGCAUCGCUCGCCAUACCCGCACCGCAACCCCACCCAUCCAAAAGCGUUGCACCCUCCACCACACACCCCGGCCGGCGCGUCCGGAACAGAUCUUCUCCAAAGCGAGCCCACUCACGAUCUACUUCAAGAAGGCGUGGGCACGUCCCGCUCCCCCCGCGAGCUCUCCAUUCGCCCAUCAGAGGUUGCUUUUACCUCGCCUCAACCUCCCUCCGCUCGCCCUCAGCUCGCAAUGGCCUUCCACCCUGCACAGCCGUACGCCCUCCAGCAGCACCUCCGUGACGGCAGUAUGGGAAUGGGCAUGGGCAGGCAGCCGGGCUCGGGCCCGGACGCCUACGACGACUUUCUCGACCAGUAUCUGACCUUUGAGGACACGGACGCUAUGGGCGGUGGCGCAGCUGGGACUGGCCCAGGCGCUGGCAAUGGUGCAGGCGCCGCUUCCGCUAUGGUCCACGCUCGAUCAUCCUGUUCGCCCUUCCUUCCUAGAUCAGCGAUGGGUGCACACUCGGAACCUUCUCCGCGAGAUACCGACGACCUGAUGCUGCAAUUCCCCCGGCCCCCGCAGCAGUCGCCUCACCACCAUGAUGAAGAUGACCAGCAGCAGCAGCAGCAGCAGGAAGAUCUCGACCAGGACCACGACAACGAUCACGAGCACGAGCACCACCGGCCACAACAACAGCAGCAACAACAGCAACAACCACAGCAGCAACAACAGCAACAACCACAGCAGCAACAACAGCAACAACCACAGCAACCCUGGGCCUCAUUUCCCCCAACCCAUGCAUCACCGCCACUGCGCUCCAGUCGGGGACGCCAACAAACAUUCGCCGAGCAUUGCAGCACGCGAGCCACGAUCUCCGAUUCGGACCUUCUAAGCCUAGAAGGCAUACAUCUCAAAUCACCACGCUAUCCGCCGUCACCACCGCCGAACCACCCGCGUCCCUCGACGGCUAACUCUGUCGUCGGCACCCCCAAGACUCUCAAUAGCAAAGCCAGCAAAGGCUCUCUCGGCGGCUCUGGACCCUCUCUCCGUAGAAAGAAAGCCUUCUCCCGCUCCUCCUCCUCCUUACACGCCAAAGACUCCCCCGCCACCCCAAACAUCGUCACAACCACCGACCCCCACAUCCGCACCCCCAGCCGCUCCGCCAGCCGCGGCGCCAUCCGGAAAUCAGCAUCCAUCAACAUCUCCCCCGCCAAAAUGCAGGCCCAGUCCGUCGCCGCGCUCGACGAAUGGACGCAGCGCAUGGCAGUCGCCGAAGCAGCAGCCUUCGAGUUCGGCUUCGGACAAGGCGGAAUCCCGAUGACGCCCCCGCCGAGCGCGCGGGUGAGCGAUACGAGCAGUGCGAGCGAGCGCGAGAUGGGCGGCGGCGGGUCGAGGAGUGCCCUGGCAAGGAGCCACUCGCGGUCGAUGCCGCAGACGCAGCUUGCGGCGAUGGGGCCGGCAAUCGAGCAGGGCGGGGGAAGUUUGCCGUGGACAACGCGGCUGCCGCCGCAGCAGCAGCAGCAGCAAUUUACGGUUGUGCGGAAUGGGAAGAUGUUGCAUGCCCCUGCUGAGGUGGGGGAGAUGAAGUUUGUGGAUGCGUUUUCGUUGCCGUAUGGUGUUGGGUGGGGCGGUGGCGAUUUUGGCGGGGUGUUGCAGGGGACGGAGCAGCAGGAGGAGGAGGAACAACAGCAGCACCAGGCGAGGCAGCUGCAGUUGCAGCAGCAGCAGCAUCAUCAGAGUUUUUCGUCGCUGCCGGAGUAUGUGGAGGUUGAUGGAGCACAUGGGUGGUGGUCGCAGGAGAAUCAUGUUAUUGAGAUGGGGGAUGAUGCGAAUGAUGGCUCGUCGAGGCAUAGAUUGCCUCAUAAAUCGCUCUCUAUGCAAAUCGCACCUUCAGGACCAUGGGGCGGAGAUGAGAUGAACACCGACGUGGUCGAUAUUGACGUGGACCUCGACAUCUCACCAUCGAUGCCAACGGAUACAAACGGCCACGCGAUGAUGACCAUGUCGCCCUCCGGAUCCCAAGUAUCACUUCAACAGAUCCAACAACACCAACAACAAUUUCAACAACAACAACAACACCAACAACGCCAGCAUCAACAACAACAACAACACCUACAACACCGGCAACACCAGCAACACCAGCAACACCAGCAACAACAACACCAACAAACCCAAAACGCAUACAUCCCCACCACCCCCCUCCGGCACCAACGCUCCGGGUACUCAACCCACGAACCCCCCCACCCCUCCCCCCACACUACAUCCCCUCCCCCUCCCCGCACCGGCGCCGUCACCGCACAUCCCCUUCGCCGACUGCAUCAGCAUCUACAUCAUCCCUCUCCUUCUCCCUCCCGCACACACAGGCUCAGCAAUCGCUAAGCCACGCACAAGCGCAGCAGCACCUCCACGCUGCGCUGUCGACGCCGAAUUUCUCGACGCCGAAUGCGUAUCCCGCCACCGCUAACGGGGGGCCGAUGCGCCAAAUGGUGCGGAAGCACAGCGCGCCUACCAUCUCUGGCGCCCUCCCCGUGGGUGUGACGGCAAGGUCGCGCACACCGGUGUUGGGGAGGCCGAGGAGUACAGGGCCGCCUAGUCGGCCGAAGAGUGCUGGUGGGGGACGGCCAAGGAGCGGGACGGGGCAUGGGAGGAGUAGGUCGUUUGGGGGGAGUAGGGAGAAUGUAUCUACUGCUUCUAUGACUGCUGCUAAUGGCGGCGCUGGUGGUGGCGGAGGAGGGGGGGGGGCAACGAUCGAAUUCCACAAUUUCACGCCCCUGGAUGGAUCGAGGAUCUUAUCUGGCGUGGCACCGAGUGGGAGUUCGAAAACCAAAGCGCGACGCGAGCGCGAGGCGGCGGAACGGAGGAGGAGGUUGGGGAGGGCGGCGGUGAGG